UUGGAACAGUAUCGGAAUCGUGUCAUAGAUCCAUAUGCGGAAAGUUUGGAGGGACAGGAGUUGGUGGACUACAUAAAUCAGAACCAAAAUUUAUGGCGGGCAAAACUGAAUACUAAAUUUGAUGACUACUCGGACCGAGUAAAGUAUGGUUUAUUGGGGGUCGAUCAUGUAAAGCUUUCUGUUAGUGCGCGGAAGAAUUUGUCUCCGACAAGAUUUUAUAAUAUCUAUAUUCCUGAAAACUUUGAUGCUCGUGAAAGGUGGCCUUAUUGUGGAUCUUUGAAGAAUAUAAGGGACCAGUCAUCUUGCGGUUCUUGUUGGGCAUUUGGUGCAGUUGAAGCGAUGUCGGAUCGUAUCUGUAUUGCUUCUAAAGGACGGAUACAAGUUUCUCUUUCUGCUGCAGACCUGCUCAGUUGCUGUAAAUCGUGUGGUUUUGGCUGCGACGGAGGUGAUCCCAUGGCGGCCUGGAAGUACUGGGUGAAAGAGGGGAUAGUUACUGGGAGCAACUUUUCCAUGAAUCAGGGAUGCAAACCGUACCCGUUUCCACCAUGUGAACACCACUCAAAUAAAACUCAUUAUAAACCGUGUCAGCAUGACCUAUUUCCCACUCCAAAAUGCUCUAAACAAUGCAUUGAUGGUUAUAACAGAAGCUACGCCAGUGACAAGUUCUACGGAUCUACUGCGUAUGGAAUUGCUGAUGAUGUUGAGGCGAUUCAGAAGGAAAUCCUUACAAAUGGUCCUGUUGAAGUUGCUUUUGAAGUCUACGAUGACUUUUUGCAUUAUGACGGAGGGAUCUACACGCAUACAGGAGGAAAAAUAGGAGGAGGCCAUGCUGUGAAGAUGUUAGGUUGGGGCAUUGAGCAGGGAGUACCUUACUGGAUCGUUGCAAAUUCUUGGAAUACUGAUUGGGGUGAAAAUGGGUUCUUUCGAAUAAUUCGUGGUGUGGAUGAAUGCGGCAUUGAGUCGGGUGUUGUUGCUGGGAAGCCAAAAAUAAAUUACACUUACAACAAGUUAGAUUGGCAUCAGAAAUCUUAUAAUACUGCUAACGAUCCAUUUUAA